AUGCCAGCACAAGACUCAGCCUCUCAUCAUCACAGUAAUAACAACAACAACAACAACAAUAACAAUACAGAGAGGAGAAGAGAAUAUCGGAAUGAUCAUGUUUCCAAUUCUCAUCAUCAUCAAAAUAAUAAUAACAAUAAUAAUAAUAGGAGAAUGAAUGAUAGAGAUGAUAAUUCAUCAUCAUCAUCAUAUAAUAGAGAAUCAAGAGGAAUUCAAAAACAAUAUAAACAACAAGAACGUUAUCAUUCAAAUAAUAAUAAUAAUAAUAGAUAUUACAAUAAUAAUAACAACAAUAAUCGUAAUUAUCAUCAUCGUGAUAGUAAUAAUAGGAAUUACAAUAAUAGAACAUUUACACCGGAGGAGAUGUAUGAUCAGAGGAAGAAUCAAUCGAGGGAAGAAAGAAACAAUUCACCAAUUAAACCAAUUAAGGAUUUUAAUAAUUGGCUGAAAGGAGUUUUGAUUUACAAAUAUGUUCCGAAUGAGUGCACUGUUUUGGAUUUGUGUUGUGGAAAGGGAGGUGAUUUAUUCAAAUUCAGUUUUAGAAAUAUUAAGAAUUAUGUAGGAGUUGAUAUUUCAUUCAAUUCAUUGGUGAGUUUGAGUGAAAGAUAUAAUGGAGGAAGAGAUUUGAAGUUUCCUGCCAAAUUAAUUCAUGCAGAUGUUGGGAAAGUGUCAAUUGAAAGUGCACUUGAUUCCAAUGUGGAAUUUGAUACAGUUUCAUGUCAAUUUGCCUUCCACUACUUUUUUCAAAGUAAGGAACAUGUUAAAACUGCAUUGCAAAAUGCCACCAGUAGAUUGAAGAAGGGAGGCAAAUUCAUCGUCACCACACUUGAUUCCAACGUUUUACAAAGCAUGUUAAAGAAAGUUGAGGGAAAGACAUUGAAAAAUUCAGUAUUUCAAGCUAAUUUUCAAUGUUCUGAUGACAAAUCAUUUGAGGAACCAUUUGGAAAUUGCUAUACAUUCCAAUUGGAAGAUGCCGUCGAUCCAUGUCCUGAAUAUCUAGUCAACCCUCAAAUAUUUAUAGAAAUGGCCAAGGAAUUCAAUCUUUCAUUGGUUGAGAAUUUGAAUUUUUAUGAUUUUUAUGAAAAAUACAGAAAUAAUAGAGAAACUGAGAAUAGUCGUCCAAGAUUAAAUGUUCGAGAUAUGAAUGAGGAUUUUUGGACAGUUGUCAAGUUGUACACGACAUUUGUUUUUGAAAAGACGGAAAAUCCAAUUUCACAAUUAUCAAAAGAUUCGAAUAGUGAAAGUUCACAACAAACUGUUGGAGGAUAUAAGAAAAUUUUAGAAUCUGAUAUUAUCAAAUUGUAA